GAUGUGGUUUUGUGCAGAAAUUCUUGCUUUGCUGAUUCGAGCGGAGGUGUUUACAUCCUGCACACACUCGCAUCCUCAAUUUAUAACACACACCUUUAACUCAUCACAGUUCAGUGUGUGGACAUCGUCAUUACUGACACUUCAGACAUGGAGAAUAACAGCACACACGGGUUCUGGGUGUUCCAUGGUUCCUCUGAGCUGUGGGGUGUGUUAGCGGCGAUCACUGUGCUCCUUCUGCUCUCUUUCUGCUGCAAUAUUUUAUGUUGCGUUCAAAAACGUCUCACAGCUAAAGGGAAAAUGUUUCUGCCCAGAUUCAGGAGGAGUGUAAGUCUGAAAAACAGAGAGAUGGAGGAAAAUCCGAUUUAUGGCAACAUCACCUACACACAAACACACAGCGAUGAUAAACAGGAAGUGGAAACUCCAGAAAAGCAGCUCUCCUCUGCUCGAGACUGCUACGCUAACCUGAGCCUGAAAGCUCCUAAGCCCUCAGCGUCUGGUCGCUCGUCUCCUCGCAGUACGAUCCAGUACUCAGAUGUUCUGGUGAUCUGUGAAGAACAGGAGGAGAAGACUGAGGAAGAUAAAGACUCCUGCUCAGGUUUCUCAGAUCUGUACGCUUCGGUCGAUGCAGAACGCAUCAAGAGCAAGAAAGAGCACAGCAACGAGCCUUACGCCAAUCAUGUCUGAGGAAUGUGGACACGCCCACCUAGAAUCAGAAGAGAUUAAUGACUGAAUAAACCUUCAUCAUCCACCAUGUGUGUGUCCAUCUAAUAAACAACAACAACAACAACAACAACAACAACAACAACAACGUACAUCAUCACAAAUUUAUCAAUAAAAUAUAAAUAAAUAAAUAUUUAAGAUUAAAUCUGUAACUCCAGGUGUUCUGGACUUUUCUGUCAGGUCUCUGAGAUGGUGUUCAUUCCAGCUGCACUUUAACACUGAGACACACACACACACACACACACACACACACUGUAUAAUAAUUAUAUAUGAUUAUUCAUCAGAGCAGUCAGAGAUCAGACUCGGUCCUCAGGUCUAAUCUCUCUCUCAGUAAAACUGUCAGAGAAACAGAUUAAAGUCACAUUUAAGAAAAAUAAAUCAAGUGAAGAAGCUUUAUUGUCAUUUCAGCCACAUGAAGCUGACGCAGUACACACUGACACCAGGGAACGUUUCUCCAGGACCUGGUGCUACAGAAACAUACAACAUAGAGUUCAAACACAAACAACAACACAGAGCUAGGACAGGAGUUUGUCCAAGAGAUUCCUUUUAACAGUUUUAUUUCCUAAAAAGAUUUAGAUCCCUGUGAUGUGGAGAGAUCUGUGGAAAACCUCCACUCAUCACCACUCUGCAUGGAGAUCAGUCUCUAUUCUUCUAUAAAAAGAACUGAAGAAAUAUUAAAGGAUGUGUGUGUGUGUGUGUGUGUGUGUGUGUGUGUGUGUGUGUGUGGCAGCAGCAGCAAGAUUUAUGAUGUGUUUAAUAUUUUAAAUGAGGACUUUUAUUAAAUCAUUAGCGGGACUUUUAUUUUUCAGCCACCUGCUGGUCAGAGACCAAAUCACAGCCAUUUCCCCCAAUAAACACAUUUAUAAAGAAAAAUAAAAUGUUAAUAAAUAAUAAAUAUAACUGUUAGUUUUUAUGAAUUUAUAUAUAUCCUGUAAAUGAAAUA